GUGUACCAGCUCGGCAUCCUGCUGGACAAGGGACAUCGACCUAGAAAACAAGUUCUUUCGGCCAUCAGUGACUUCAGCAAGACAGACUUUAAGUCAUACAUGAACAAAGGGCUCGUGGCCAGCUACACAGUGCAGUUUGCCCAAAGUGCUGUGAAAUACCUGCAGGAUAUCUCCAAACGCAAGGACAGCGGGUUCACGCACGUAGAGAAACUAGCGCAAAUGGUGGAGUACCAGACAGAAGGAACCUACAAGGAGCUACUGAAGUCUCUCCGUGACGUAACGACUGACAAAAAGAAGCACUUCUCAACUGAGAUAUUCCUGCAUAUCCUUAAGAAGAAGGUUAUGCGAGUGGAAGAUGCCAGCACCAUCUUCCUAGACGUUCUGCAGAAGGUACUUGAUGCCAUCCUAAAGACCAAGAAGAUGGAUAAGGUGUGCAGGAGUGGACUACUCAUCGUGGGGACCCAGAUCUUAGUCCACAUCGCCUCUAACCAUACCAACCCAGGCAUCCGUGAACAGGCUGUCAACGGCAGCUACACGAACAACAUGACCGGUCUGCGUCAGCUAUGGGACUACGAAGACAAGAAAUGGCAGGAAGUGGCAUCAGAAGUGUCUGACCUCUGCACCCCUCUGUGUUUCAUGUCGAAAGAUGAGGCUGUCAUUCGCGCAGUUGCCGACCGUUUUUUUACUGAAACGUCUACCAGUCAGAGGCAAAGCUUUGAUCCCGAAGAGGUCCCGUACCAGAACGACCAGCUCAACCAGGCCAAAAUGUUACCAGUAAUGAUGAAAAGCAUCAGGCAUCAUCUGUAUGAAGAUGGCGAGAUUUUGACUGUCGAAGAGUCUCAGACUGCGAGCGGCGGAGCCGCCAUCUCAAUCAAAGGCCGGAUGUCAGACAUGGACGUCUUGAUCAAGGUUACAAGGCACAGCACGCGAGAAGACCUGGUGAGUAAAGAGUCUGGUGGCCUGAGGAAAGAGAUCCGCGUCUUGAGAGGAUUGAAUCAUCCAAACGUGAUCAACGUCUUGGCCGCGCACGAUGGCCCAACCCCGCCAUCCUACCUGAUAACACCGCGGGUGCAGGAGGAGACUCUCAUAGACCACGUCAUCGGCUUGCGGAGGGCUGUCCCUACCGACGUAAUUGUAACGUUGGUCGAUGCCUGCAGACAGAUAUCUGAGGCCGUGAUCUACCUUUCUACCAAAGCAAAAGUCGUGCAUCGAGACAUCAUGGCGGCGAACUGCCUGUGCCGUGUCCUCCCCAACGGCAAGAUGCACUGUCACCUGACGAACUUUGAACUAGCCCGAACCAUGAAGAGGUGUGGAAGUGAGGCGAGGCAGGGGACGAAGUACGAGUGUCCGGGAAACCCAGAGGACCCCAUAGCCUACCGCUGGUCAGCACCGGAGUCUCUGACACACGACAUCUUCACAAGUGCCUCCGAGGUGUGGAUGCUGGCGUGCCUCAUCUAUGAGGUCCUAACGCUCGGGGUACAUCCGUUCCCAGAAUGUGAAGAUCCCAGGGGAAUGAAGGACUAUCUAAAUGCUGGUGAGCGGACUGAACAGCCGUCUUGCCUUUCCAAGCUGGACGAAAAAAGCCGCAUCUACCAGUUCCUAUGGAUGUGUUGGAGCGCUGAGCCGGCGGACAGACCAUCUCCGGAGGAUGUGCGGACGUUCUUGGAGAAAACAGCAAGGAGACACUCUAAAGGAGAUUUCUCUCACGUGUUCGUGUCUCCUCCAACGCUAAGGGCUGAAAGUAUCAUGCGGCGG